AUGGGAUUUUCAAAGAAACAUCAAUUAGUAGAUGGAAGCAAAGAAGAUAACAAAAUGUGGGUAAUUGCUGGAAUAGCCUUUAGGCCUAAUAAACUGAAAUCAAUAUCAACAAAGCCAACAAGAGAAGAAGAAGAAUAUGAAGAUCAAGUAGAAGAGAUUUCAACAACUCCGACAACAAGAGAUUCAAGGAUACCGGAAAAACUUACCUGCCCACCGGCUCCGGCGAAACGCCGGUCAAUAUCAACAUGUCAUUAUAAUGGUGGUAGGGAGUUCUUUAAUCCGCCAGAUCUCGAGUCUGUAUUUAUUAUGAGAGCAAAUUAUUAA